AUGUUUGUUCGGUUAGCCAGGAUACCCAGGAUCACACGCCACUAUCGCUUAGGAUUAUUUUCGACACAGCCGAAACCUAAACCUAACGAGUAUCUGUACUAUCGAAACAAACACAAGUCUAAAAUGGAAGCUCCAAUCAAGAGAUCAAGCUCUGCUGUCUCCCUAGUUGAACUAGAGAGAGAGCCAUUCAAGGUCACUGUUAUCGGUUCUGGUAACUGGGGUACCACCAUCGCCAAGGUUGUCGCUGAGAACACCAAGGCCAACCCUCAGGUCUUCCAGGAAAGAGUCGACAUGUGGGUCUUCGACGAGAACAUCGACGGCACCAUGCUGACCGAGAUCAUCAACACCAAGCACCAGAACGUCAAGUACUUGCCAAACAUUGACCUGCCAGAGAACCUGGUCGCCAAUCCAGACUUGCUGAAGUCUGUCGAGGGCGCCGACAUCCUGGUCUUCAACAUCCCACAUCAGUUCUUGCCUAAGAUCGUCGACCAACUGCGUGGUCACGUCGAACCUCACGUCAGAGCCAUCUCCUGUCUAAAGGGUUUCGAGGUCGGCAAGAAGGGUGUCCAAUUGCUAAGCACAUACAUCACCGAAGAGCUAGGCAUCGAGUGUGGUGCCCUAUCGGGUGCUAACCUGGCCCCAGAGGUCGCCAAGGAGCACUGGUCCGAAACCACCGUCGCUUACCACAUUCCAAAGGACUACCAAGGUGACGGUAUGGACGUCGACCACAAGGUCCUAAAGCUGCUGUUCCACAGACCAUACUUCCACGUCAGUGUCAUCGACGAUGUCGCCGGUAUCUCCAUCGCCGGUGCCCUAAAGAACGUCGUCGCCCUAGGUUGUGGUUUCGUCGAGGGUCUAGGCUGGGGUAACAACGCCGCCGCCGCCAUCCAAAGAGUCGGUCUAGGUGAGAUCAUCAAGUUCGGUCAAAUGUUCUUCCCUGAAUCCAGAGUCGAAACCUACUACCAAGAGUCCGCCGGUGUCGCCGACUUGAUCACCACCUGUUCCGGUGGUAGAAACGUUAGAGUCGCCACCCACAUGGCCAAGACCGGUAAGUCUGCCGAGGACUCCGAAAAGGAAUUGCUAAACGGCCAAUCCGCUCAAGGUGUCAUCACAUGUAAGGAAGUCCACGAAUGGUUGUCCACUUGUGAAAUGAUUGAAGAGUUCCCAUUGUUCGAAGCCGUCUACAAGAUUGUUUACGAGGAUGUCCCAAUGCACAAGCUACCAGAAAUGAUCGAAGAAUUGGAUGACAUUGUUGUUGCUGGCCAAUAA